GCUGUACUGUGUAAAACAGGUAAAGAGAACGUACAGCCACGGGACGUACCGGGCAGGUGCCAUGCGCCAGAUCAGUCUGGUGGGGGCAGUGGACGAGGAGGUGGGGGAUUACUUCCCAGAGUUCAUCUCUAUGCUGGAGGAGUCACCCUUCCUAGAGCGGACGCUACCGUGGGGUACGUUCUCCAGUCUGAAGCUGAAGAGUCCAACAGAGAGUGAUGACGGGCCCAUCAUGUGGGUACGACCUGGGGAACAGAUGAUCCCUGUUGCUGACAUACCAAAGUCUCCCUACAUAAGGAGAAGGUCAACCAAUGAGAUCAAGAACCUGCAGUACCUACCUCGGGCCAGCGAGCCUCGUGAGAUGCUGUUCGAUGACCGGACGCGUGCCCACGCUGACCACAUCGGACAGGGCUUCGAGAGGCAGACCACCGCCGCUGUAGGGGUGCUCAAGGCCGUGCGCUGUGGAGAGAGCGCGGAGCCCCUCGCGUUACCAAAGACGUGA